GUGCUACUACCACCUGCCCCAUUCUUUUAUAGUACUACCUACUACUCUACUACACCAAGUAGUUAGUUAGUACGCUUACACACACAUUCUUAAUUGUCAUUUUUAUCAUUGUUUACUACUACUACCACUACCCUUUAAUUAUUAAAACAGCUUACAACACCAACAAAGACGACCAUGACAGUGAUCGCUUCAGCUACACACGCUUCCGGCCUAACGACAGCAACAGCACAGACACGCAUCGCUCGAUCGAAAAGCGGUGCUGACAUGUUAUUCGACAGAAUGAAAAGAGACCAGUUCGAUCACGAAGAACAAGCAGCAAUCGAUUUCCUGAAUGCAACACUCGUUGACCAUGCGCCUAUCGAAAUUGGACAUUUGCAUCAAGAGUUGAAAGACGGAGUUUUACUAUGCAACUUGGUGAACAAGCUACGCCCGGGCACGAUCAAACAUGUUGGACAACGGGAUCUGUCUUUUAUCAAGAUGGACAAUAUCACCCGAUUCUUACAAGGAGCAAGACAGCUCGGGUUAAAUGAUGCUCAGUUAUUCGAGACAAUCGAUUUGUUUGAAGCCAAAGAUAUGCCAGCAUAAAUGCAAUAUCAGAAAUGGCAGGCUGCUUGGAUCGAUGCGACAAAAAACCUACUACCAAUCCUCCUGCAUGAUGUACCAAGCCCAUUUAACUCCCUCUGUGUUUUACUUUUUUCCAACAAACCAC